CCAAGAACUGGCUGAAUAGCCAUUUGACCCCCACCCAACCAUGUGAGGGAGCUGAGUGGAGUGGCAGCCACAAGGAAUGGAUGGUUGGAAAAGAAGGCAAGGGGAAUCUAUCACAUGACUCGGGGACCCUGCAACCGUCAUAAAUAUGAGCCAAUAGCCAAGUGACUGAAUUUUGAUCAAGUAAUCAUGAGGAUGCUGCAAUGGUUGUAAUUGUGAAACACUGACAUAAAACACUUUUUAAUGUCUAUAUACAUUAAAAAUGAGAAAUGUUAAAAUGCUUAUUAUUUGACUUCACAUAUGUCAAAUUGAGAGCCGCUGAUCUAGCCCAACAGAAUAUCAAAAUGGAUUACAGCAAAGGUAUCCCAAGGCAGGUCAACAAAGUCAAGAUGGCAGCCAGCCCCGCCUUUUCCCCAUAUAUAAAUAAGGGGCGGGGCUUCCCUCCCUUAGGCCUUUGUUGAUUCUGUAGGGUCAUUCCUGCUUUGCAUCUCCCCUCUUCUGGGGAAUAUUUAAAAGAGAUUUAGAUGUGAAUGUUCUGUAAAUUAGGUCUCAGCCCUAAACCUGCUUCUUAGUAGUAAAGUAGUUGCAGUCAUUUCCUUCCUUCCUUCCUUCCUUCCUUCCUUCCUUCCUUCCUUCCUUCCUUCCUUCCUUCCUUCCUAUGAUCCUAUUCCACAUUCUACAUAUUCCAUAUUCUGCAAGAUAGUCUUCAGUGCUUCCCUUCUACUGAGUGAUCCAGACUGCCUCCUCAGGCUGAGAUUUGCCCAGUUUUAGAGCUUUUUCUGAUCCAUUUCCUGAUUGGCUGGCUGGGAAGGGGGCAAUCCAGGCAGUUCUUCCCCUGCAGGAUAUUCAUAUUAAAAGUGACUGAAAAGAGUUUAAUUUUCCCUUUAUCUCUGAGACAACCCAUCAAUUGCAGCAUUAGUUUUGGGCUUUUUUCAAUGGCUCCUUACUGUCUGUUCAUUCCAAGUUUACUCCCUCUGGUCCCAUAAAUGUUUCCUUCUUCCUAUUUUAAAAAAGCAUUUUCCCCUUUAACAAGCUGGUUGGAUCAAUAAUAAUCGUUUGGGAAUCUGUACAAUGGAUGUUUCUUUCUCCCCAGUAUUUUUCAAUAUCUUUCUCUUUAGCAAGGGUGGCCCUUUUAUAAUUUGCAGUCUUCAGCUCCCAAAAUUUCUGAGCCAGCUGGCUCACGAAUUCUGGGAGUUGAAGUCAAUCAGAAUAGACCUGGAAGGGUCCUUGGAGGUCUUCUAGUCUAGUCCCCUGCUCAAACAGAAGACCCUAUAUAUCAUUUGAAAUCCACAAGCCAUAAAGGGGCCAUGGUUCUCCACCUCUCCUUUAGCAGAAUGUUUGGAUCAAUAAUUGAUGGGGGUGGGGCAUCCCAUGAAUGUUGGCUUCUCCCCAAUAUUUUAAACUUGCUUUCCACUUUAACAGGAUGCUGGGAUCAAUUGUAAUCGAUAGGGCGUUCCUCCCAGGGAUGUUUGCUUCUCUCCAGUUUUUAAACCAAGUUCCCCAUAAACGAGCUGAUUGGGACAGUAAUAAUUGAUCGAGGGUCCGUCCCGCGAAUGUCUGCUCCUCUCUGGUUUGUUCUUUUUAAAAUACUGUAAGUCUUUAAGAAGCCAACGAAGCUGAUCGCAACAGCAAGAAUUUAUUUCGGCUUCUAGCCUGGCCAGAGCCCAAAGGCGGUCGCCUGAUUUGCCGGGAAAGGCGCGAAACUUAAUUUUCUUUCCUUCUCCCGGCGGAGGAGGCGGCGAUGGCGGCCGAAGCGCCCUUGCAGGAUUUGGUGGAAGAAGCCACCUGCUCCAUUUGCCUGGACUUUUUCCAGGACCCCGUGCUCAUCCCGGAGUGCGGCCACAACUUCUGCCGGGGCUGCCUGACCCGCAGUUGGGGGACGUCGAAAUCAAAGGCUUCCUGCCCCCAGUGCAGACGGACCUUCGCGUCCCGCAGCGUCCUCCCCAACAGGCAGCUGGCGCGGGUGGUUGAAGUGGCCAGGCGAUGCGGUGGCCAUCCAGGCAAGGAAGGAGGGAACCUCUGCUCAAAGCACCGGGAGCCCCUCAAGCUCUUUUGUAAGCACCACCAGACCCUCAUCUGCGUGGUUUGCGACCGAUCCAAAGAGCACAGGGGCCACUGGGUGAUCCCUGCGGAGGAAGCUUUCAAGGAAUACCAGAUCAGGGUUGGGGAUUGCCUGAAGGCUCGGAAGGAGGAGAAAUUAAAAAUAGCUUCAUACAAAAGAGACACAGAGCAAAGAGUGCAGAAAAUGCUAGACCUCAUUGAAAAAGAGAAGAAAAAUGUAGUGGCUGAAUUCAGAGAGCUACAACUCUGGUUAGAAGCACAGGAGAAGCUUCUAUUGACUAGAAUAGAAGAGACGGAGAAGAAUAUUGUGGCAAGAAAAGAGGAGGGUUUGGCCAAGCACAUGGAGGAAGUCAGCUCUCUUGACCAUCUCAUCCAGGAGAUAGAAGAGAAGCAUCAGCAGCCAGCCAGCAAACUCUUACAGGACAUUGGAAACAUCUUGAAGAAAUACCAGGCAAAGAAAACAUACCAGAAUCCGGUGGAUUUACUUAUAGACCCAAAGAGGAGAAUCUGGGAUUACCGAGAUACGACUGUGCUUCUGAAAAGAGGCAUGAAAAAAUUGAGAGAUACGCUGGAAAAUGGACUUCAACUACAGGAAGAGAAUGUAACUCUGGAUCCAGACACAGCCAAUCCUGGCCUCCUUGAAAUCUCUGAAGAUCGGAAAAGUGUCAAAGGAUUUAAGAUAGUUAAACUAAUAAAUGCUGCCCGAAACUGCAAGAGAUUUAAAAAUAAUCCUUAUGUCCUUGGCUGUCAGGAGUUUUCCACAGGGAGGCAUUUCUGGGAAGUUAUUAUAGGAGACAGAGCAGGAUGGGGUGUAGGGGUUGCCAGCAAGGCACUGAACUUAAGAAAUUUGGAUGUGCAGACCAGGCACUGGCAGAUUGGGGAAUGGGAAGGGAAAUACAUGGCCAUUUCUCCAUCAGAACGCUUUGACUUGGUCCUGACUGAGAGGCCCACGAGGGUCUGCAUCUGCCUCAACUGUGAAGAGGGGCAAGUGAACUUUUUUGAUGCCAGGACCGCAGCUCUGCUCCAUACAUUCUCAGAGGCUUCCUUGGUUGGAGAGACCCUUCUCCCCUGUUUCUUUUUGCACGAUGGCGUCUGGCUGGCAGUCCCCUAAAAGAAGGGAUCCCCAUAGGCAAAACUUUGGAAAAAUCCUUAUUUGCACAGCAGGGAUCUCUGAAAGCCUUUAAAGCAGAGAUUCCUUAGCUUUUUGCUACUUCAGCUUCCUUUAUUGCGUAUUCUAUGCUACACCUAAUUGUUUGCAGUUGUGUAGCCUUGGAAAUUGAAGGAAUGGGUCAGUCAAUAUGAGAUUUUAUUUCUACUUUAGAGUGGUGUUAUUAAUUUUAUGGUGUUUAAAAUCAAACAAAUCAUUGAUUAUUCAACGUAACGCAUAGAAAAAGAAGACGAACAAGACAGUACACAAAAACAAAACAUACCAUCUGUUAUGAAGACAGGAGAAGUGAGCACUAUUGGGACUAAAAUGUGUCACUUGGCUCAAGCCAGAAUUUUUUUUUUUUGGAAUUGAAAUAGAAUUGUUAAUGGAAUG